AUGAUUUUCACCAAAGUGAAUUGUCACAUUACAGGAGGAGCAAGCUUCUGCGCUUCAGUUCAUUUGGGGGAGAUCCUACCUGGAGGCGUGAGGGGAAAUCAUAGGCACCACACCUGUAACGAGACAUUUGUUAUUUGGGGAGCAAAGACGGUGUUUAGGCUGGAAAAUAAAGCAGUUGCAAAAGGAUAUGCGGAGGUAACCAUUGGUGCUGAUGAAGUUGCCGUUGCAGCCAGUUCUAGUGGAACAGCUCAUGCUUUAGUAAACGCAGAUGCUCUUUGUUAUGGCUAUGAAGCUAUAGUAAUGGUCUUAGGAUCUAAUCUUUUAGAUGAGAUGUUUCAAUAUGAAUCACUUGUUCAUCAAGAAGGAAAAACUAAUCCCUACUGUUUAAUGGAGAAAGGAAAGAAGUUGGCAGUUCUAGUGGGAUGCAAUUAUCCACACACCCCAAAUGAGUUGCAUGGAUGCCAUAACGAUGUUCGAGCGAGUCGAGAAGUGCUUGUAACACAGUUCGGAUUUGACCCCAUCCACGUUCAGCUUUUGACAGAUGAAGAUGGAAGUUCAGUGAUGCCUACUGGUGCCAACAUCAUGAAGGCAUUGGAUCAAAUGGUGGAUCAAGCCGAGCCCGGUGAUAUCCUAUUCUUCCACUAUUCAGGCCAUGGAACAUUGAUAAAUUCGCGCAAUUCUUUGAAAAGAGAGGAAGCCAUUGUUCCUUGUGAUUUCAAUCUUAUAACUAGCGUGGACUUUAGGCAUCUAGUAAAUCGCCUGCCGAAAGGUACAAGUUUCACAAUCCUAUCUGAUUCUUGUCACAGCGGGGGUUUGAUUGACAAAGAAAAAGAGCAAAUCGGGCCUUCAAGAAGCUCGAAUACUGAAGCCAAUGGUCCCCUUGUGCACAAGCCUAAAUUCAUACCAUUUCAAUCAAUAAUCCAACAUCUCUCAUCCUUAACAAACAUAAACACACCAGAUAUUGGCACGCACCUGCUGGAGAUUUUUGGACCUGUUGCUAGCCUUAUGUUUCAACUGCCUCGACCCAACCCUGACCUCGAGCCCGACUUUAGCACCAAGCCAGUAAAGCCAGAUGAAGGAAUUUUACUUAGUGGGUGCCAAACAGAUGAAACUUCUGCAGAUGUCCAAAUAAUGGAGAAUGGAGGAAAAGCUUGUGGGGCAUUUAGUAAUGCAGUACAAAUGGUUUUGAAGGAGAAUUCAGAGGCUUUGAGUAAUAAACAGCUUGUGAGCAUGGCUAGGAAGAUUUUAAAAAUACAGGGUUUUAAACAGCAUCCUUGUCUAUACUGCAGCGAUUAUAAUGCUGAUGCAAUAUUCUUGUGCCAAGCUGAGAAUUGA